AUGGAGUUGUGGAAGGUUUUCUGUGGGCAGGAUUCAGGCAUCAAGAUGAAGUGUAUUCUGUCAAUCUUGCUGAUGGUGACUGGUGUUAUUUCAUUUGACAGAGAAGACACGAAAAGUUUAGAUCAUCUUCUCUUACUACACCUGCGCUCCAGUUACCAGUCAUGUGUGGGGACUCCGAUUGCCCCACAGUGGGUGGUGACAUCGGCACACUGCUUCUUACCAGACCUCCAGAUCAUCUUUCAUGGUGGUUCCCAAAAUAUCCAAGAUGCUAUUGGGGAAAUUAUACCUUAUGAGAAGAUCAUCAUUCACCCAAACUUCACUGUCACUUCUCCUAAAAAUGACCUGAUGCUGAUAAAGUUAUCUGUACCUUUCACCUACUUCUUCAAAAGAGCUUUUCAAUGGCCCUCUCUGAUGACAACGAAAGCCAAAGAUUGCUUAGUCUACACCUGGCUAAACAAUAGAGAAUUUGGAAACUCAGAUGGUAACCUGCAGAGCAUUAAGAUUAAAUUGAAUCAUAACUUCAACUGUAAAAAAAUACUGGAUAAAAAAUACCUCGAGGACAUGUUCUGUAUAGGAUAUCUACUAGGAAACAAAGAGGAAUGCCAGGUGAUUACGGCUGCACCCGCUAUAUGUGGCAAUGAGUUACAAGGAAUUUUGUCUUGGGAAACCGGAUGUAUUAUGACAGGCUACAUUGUUCUCUUCACUGACCUUCACAGCUAUGUUCCGUGGAUUGAGAACAUUAUUUCUACAAAAUAA